GCUUUUGAUAUUGGAUUCACGGCACGAUGAUCCCUGCUUGUCUUUUACCAACCAGAUGUUCUGGUCUGAUUGUCAGAAGGGCAGUUGUGCAACGUCAGAGCAUUUCAUCCCCAUUUGAAGCCCUGUCUACUGCAAAUAGAGCAUUUUCCUACUCGGGAUGCAGACCACAGACGUUUACGUCGUUGAAGACGUCACAGCAGCGGAAACAUCUACUGGCAUGCCGUGCCACAAGCACAGAGCUGCACGGAAGGACAGCGAGGCCACCGGGCUUUUCCGCAUCAGACAGCAGUUUUGCCAGCGGCUGCAGCGGCCCUGCCAGGCGCUUGCCCAGGAGCUACAGAAUACAUGCAAGUCCAAGCUCCUCGGUUGAUGAUGCCGAUCAUCACAACGCACCAGCCACAUCCUCUGUGGACGAUGUCAAGGAGGAUUCCAGUCCAAGCAUCGACUUCAAAAGUCUGGGACUGGUAGCAGUGGUGAUGACGUUUGGCGUAUUUAAUCGCAUUCUCUACAAGAUGGCUCUUGUGCCUCUUGGUGACUACAUAUUCUUUCUGGCCCAGUUCCAAACAUUCAGCUACGUGCUGGUGUAUUUCACAGCACUGCUCAUACGCUACAGAUCAGGCAUAGUCACCAAGGACAUGCUAAACGCCCCCAACAAGAAGCUCUUCUUGUGGAUUGGUGGCCUGGAAGCAGUGUCUCAGCUGCUGGGAUUCAUUGGUGCUGCCAAGCUCCCGGGUGUUGUGCUGCCUCUGCUACAGCAGACGCUGUUAGUGUGGCAGGUCUUGCUGGCUUACCUGAUUUUGAACAAGCGCUUGGAUGCCAAACAGAUCGCGGGGGCGGGGAUAGUGAUUGCAGGCGUGCUCACUGCUGCAUGGCCCAGCGAAGGCAGCUCCUCUGUCUUUUCUCAGAUCAGCCCUGUGUAUGCGGCUGUCUACGUGGCGUCAAUGCUCUUCCCAGCGCUGGCCACCAUCUUCAAGGAGAAGAUCUUCAACGAUGCCAAGCAGAAGCUGGGAGGCAAGCAGCUGGACAUUUUUGUGGUUAAUUCUUUCGGGUCGGCGGCGCAAGCGGCAUUUGUGUUCCUGCUGCUGCCUGGUUUGGCAGCCCUGCGAGGCAUCAACCCUGGAGAAUUGCCCCAAUACCUCACAGAAGGUUUCCAGUGCCUAAGGGGCAUAACCCCGGAUUGUGCGGGAGACUGUAGUCGGGCGCCACUGAUUGCAACAGCUUAUGUCGCAUGCAAUUUGGGUCUCAACAUCUCCCUGCUCGCCCUGCUGCGCCAAGCAGGCAACGUGGUGCAGUCGCUGAGCAUGCAGACGGUCAUCCCGCUCACCAUCUGGGCCUUCACCUUCCCCUGGCCUCUGCUGGACCCCUCACCGCCGCUGGGCCCCAAGUUCGUGCUGGGCACUGGGAUCAUGCUCUCUGGGCUGCUCACCUACAACUCCGCCCAGUGGCUCCCAAUCCUGCAGAAGAAGCUCGGCCGGCGCAAAGGGGCCUGAGAAUGGAUGCUAGCUUUAAUUGAUCGAGGGCAGAUAACAAGACAUAGAGGGCAGUGCGAGCCCCAAGAAGGGAGGAAGGGCUCCCUCGCGGUGUAGACAGAGUGCAUUGGUGAAUUGCGCUACACAGCAGACCAUCGCAAAGCCAGGACGUGCUGAACGUCGCAAUCAAAUUGCUGCUCAGAAUGAUCGGAGGAGCGCCAGGGCUUUUUAGAAUGCAUGACAGGAUUUUUAAGGGUGUGUUUGAUGAUGAGGCCUUCACCCCUGUGAGGACUUGGCGUGUGGGGUGUGUGGAGCAGCUCUUGAGCAUCUGUAUUUGUCAGACUGCGACUUUUCUUGGAGAGCAAGCUGGAGUGGAGGAGUUGGGGAGAAGAUGCCACUUUGGAGCAUUUGGAGCCUCUUGCAGUUUCGAACUAGAUUAUAAAUGCCAGGUGGGGCUGUUUGAAAGGCAGUGCACUGUUGGCCUGAAGUGACUGUACAGGGUUUGAGACACACAUGAAUUCUUUGACGCUGAUGUCCUCUACUAUUUGGCCCGUAGGCCUUCUUGUGCGUACCAUAUGUUUCCGGACAUCAUGUAGAAUAUUCUUUUAAGUC